ACACAAUUCGUCUGACUUUUAAAAAACUUAUAAAAUAUCGAGUGAAUUCCUUUUUACUCGUUACUGUGCGGUAUAUAAACUGACAUAUUUGAUCUUUAAUCAUUCACUUUCUUCAUAGGAUUGUUCAAUUCAUUCCUCCUAAUGAUUUUACCCCCAACGAUUAAAGAAAGGAUGUCUUCAUUCAUUGAGAAUAACAACUUUCAAAUUGUGUAUGAACAAGCAAAUACAAUCAACCGCAUCGCAAAUGCAGUAAUUCCAGCUCCUUCCUUCGAAUUACCAUUUCCCCCUCCGAUUAAAGCAAAAGAUUUAAUAGCUCGAAAAAAAAAUGGGGCUAUACCAUCUCGAUCUCCUAACGCGUUCUUAAUCUAUCGUAGAGUUUUUGUUCAAUUAUUAAAAGCGCAUAAUUACGCAUUUAAAAUGACGGAUGUAUCCUCCAUGGCAUCCGCACGUUGGAAAGAUGAACCUGAACACGUCAAGCGAGAAUACUUGGUCAUUGCUGGAGAAGCUAAGACCAUGUUAACUACUACUCGUCAUAAAACUUUGUCUUUUUCACAACGCAAGUGGCGUGACCACUCCAACAAAAAUAGUAAUACACGAACUCAAAAAGCUAAAACUUCUCCCACUCCGCAAUCGCCACGCAAGAAACAACAAACAUCCCAGUCUUCUACACAAGAACCUAAACAACAACCUAGACAUCAAUUUCAACCUUUAAAUAUUUCUCAACCCAUUUUCGAUAAUGUCGAGGAUCAUUCACCCUCCUUUGCAGAUACUAUGGAAGAAGUUAGCAAUUUAUUUGACGAUAUUAUUUUGUCUCAAAGUUCAGUUUCUGACUUUCCCGUUUAUCCCGAUAGCGAAUAUUUACCUUUCACUAACGCUGAUUAUGACAUAUUUAACCAACCAAGUUAUCCCAUGACUAAUAAUUAUUGGGCUCCCAACGAAUUGUUUAUUUUCGAUAUAAAUAAUAAUCAUUUAAAUUAGAAAGACUUCAAGUUACUUUUUGUAUAUUUUAACGAUUAUAUUUGUAUCUAAAUAAGAUUACAUACACA